CGUGCACGCGCUCUCCAAGCAGCGAAUGAAAAAAAAAUAAUAAAACAUGGACGACCAGCGGGAUUUUCAAAAUUCUAAACGAAACAAGAACUCAAGCAUCGCCAUCUCUGGUAGCUCUGCCGUGGCCAUGGAGAUAAAAAGGAAGAAAAUACGAAAGAGUGCAUUAUUCCAGCAAACGGAGAACACAAACCUUCAAGAGAAGCUGGACUUUGAGGUGCGGAUGCGAGAGGGAGCCUACAAGCUGCUGCAGGCCUGCAGUAAGAGAGAACAGAUCCUCAGCGCCUCCAGGAACCUGUUGACCUGCAACGCCAGGAUCAAGGCCUACAUAGGUCACAUGCAGACGACAAAGGAAGGGCACAAUUUGACAGAAGUCAGCAGCAAGUCAGAGGAGCGUGUGCCAUGUAGAGGAACAAUUGCUCUGUCUGGGCUUCGUAUUCCAUUGAUGUGGAAGGAUGAGGACCACUUCAACAACAGAGGAAGCUCACGGCGGGUGGCCAUCUUCUGCGUGAUGCAGAUGGGCUGCCAGGUAUUUGACACCAAGAUGGCAGUGGUGGACAGAUCCAUUACGGACGUCUGCUUUGAAGAAGUCGCCAUCUUCAAAGAUGCAGUUCCCGAUUUUAAGCUGCGGGUGGAGCUGUGGAGCUGCGCUGCGGAGGACGAGCUCACCCUGGUCAACACACCGAAGAAGCUGGCAAAGAAGCUGCGGAAUUCCUUGGGGAAGACCGCCGGGAAGAAACUCUGCCCUCUGCUGGAUACUCCAGACCCCGACACCUUCCUCCAGCACAACCCGCUGCCGCCAGGAGCCACGUUCAAUCUGCUGGCCUACUCCACCAUGAGACUGCCUGAGGCUGAAGGCACCUUCCAGUCCCAUUCGCUGGUGGUCCUCCAAAAUUCUGAUUGUUCGUCCUGGCUUCCACUUUACGGCAACUUGUGCUGCCGCUUGGUGGCCCAGCCUGCGUGUAUGACGCAAAUCGUGAUGGCCGGCUAUCUCGACCACAAGCAAAGCGUAGAGGGCCUGGAGCGCCGCUGCAGCCUCUACUGCGUGCUGAGCGCCGCCACCUUGUGUUGCUACUUCAGCCCGGAGGAGGCGGACGCCAAAUUGCAGCCGGCGCUGCAGCUGGCCGUCAACAAGGACACUCGCAUCCAGGUGAUGGGAAAGGAGUCGGGAGGGAAGAAGUUUCGCAGUCUGUCCAUCAUCAACCCUUGGCCAGAGGAAAACCAGACUCAAGUCUUCACAGCAGACACCAGCGAGCAACUGGACCAGUGGCAGGAAGCGCUGCAUCAGCACCUCUUUGAUCAGAGUCAGUGGCUGCACUGCUGCGAGCAGCUCAUGAAAAUCGAGGCGGCGUCGCCACGGAAACCAUCCCUCUUCCUCACUAAGCAAGCCGACUCUGUUUACAACGAACUGAGCAUCAAUUCUCCAGCCAAGAUUGAGAGCAUCACUGACAUCAUCCACAACAAGAUUCAGGAGACUGACGGCCACUUCCUGAUUGGUCAGCAGGAAGCCAGAGAGCCUCCCAAUUGGUCGGCUCUUUUCGGCGGCUCCCGCUCACUUGUAUUGCAGGAGACGGCAGCUACUAAAGUUCUCUCACCAAGUCAAAGCUGCAUGCCGUAUUCAAGCCCCAAGCCUUGCUCCAACUCCACGCCCAAUAGUGGCAAGAAACGGCGUGCCCCGCUUCCUCCCGCCACCCCCGAUGCUCCGCCUCCUUGUCACGCUCCUCGCCCUGACAGACCUCCUCGUCCUCCUCUCUCGCACCCGCAGAAGGAAAACACUUCGCGGGUCAAAUCCAAAACGGGAAGGCCGUCUCUGGAUGCCAAAUUUUCCGCCAUCAUCCAGCAGCUGCAGCAGCACAACAACAAAUAUAGCGGGGGCGCUCCAGCACUGAGCCGCAAGAACGCGCCGCUCGCUUUCGCUCAGGUCGACAGACAAGGCGAUGAUGGUCCCGCACUGAGGAGCAAUCUGAGGAAGUCCUGCCGAGAGAAGAUGAACUUCUAAGACAACACGGAACACGAAAUUGAAAUGAAUACAGAUGAGUGGGAUGACAUUUGACAUUCUCUACUGUGAAAGAGAUGACUGAAGGGAGACAUUUCACACAAACAUGACACUACUUACUAGCCCCAGCAUGGGUGUGCAAACUUUUGUGCUCAAGACGGGGCCACAUUUCAUUUUUAAUAGAGGAAUAGAAAUGCAGUGGACCCCAGCUACUGUGAAUAGCCAACAUUUGUAUAGGAUUGAUGGCCACUAUAAAUGCAUUGAAAAUCAUUUUUACCCCCCCUCCAAAAAUAUAUGGACAAACUCAAUAAAAACAGGAAAAAGGGUAGGCACCCCACCCAAAAAAGAUGAAUAAAAUCAGCAAAUAGAUGAAUAAAUCCGAGCUGCAAGUAUGUGGGGGUCCACUGUAGUAAUUUUCUUUUUCAUUCAUUAAUUUCUUAAUAAUAGUACCGUUUUUUUUCAUGUAUAAUG